UACACACUUUACAGAUUGAGGUUUACGAUAAGGAGCGAGGUGAAGGUGGGUGGAGUGUGGGAGGAGGCUGGGCUCAUCAGAGGACAUCUCCGAUUCGAACAAGGGAUGGAGCGGUGUCCCUGAACGCCUCACCACCUGACAGACGGACGGGUGCCACCGAAGGACGGAGCGACCUCCUGACCGCAGCUGUUGAGACACUCUGUGAGUGUAAAAUGACGUGGCAUGAGGAGCUACGCAGCCGUCAGUUCUGGCGAGCCAUGAUGGCGGAGCUGAUCGGCACGCUGGUGCUGGUGAGCGCUGUGCUGGGUGCUUCUGUACCGGGCCCUGGCGAGGCCCCCGGGGGGCCUUUGUACCCGGCGGUGGCAGUCGGUGCGGUGAUUGUCGCACUGGGACACUGUUUUGGGGAAAUAAGCGGCGCACAGGUCAACCCUGCAGUUACUUUGUCCCUGCUGGCCACGAGGAGGCUAGAUGCCCUGAGGGCUCUCGUUUAUAUCACCGCCCAGUGUUUGGGGGCUUCGUUGGGGGCCGGGGCCCUGUACUUGGCUUUGCCUCUCAAAAGCACAGCAGACUACUUCGUCAACAGGGUGCCCAUUGAGUUGAACGCAGUGCAGGCCAUUGGCAUCGAGGUCUUAUGCACCUUCCAGUUGGUUUUCACUGUUUUCUCAGUUGAGGCCCAACGACGGAGGGAAAGCCCAGAACCAGGAAAUCUGGCUAUUGGACUGGCACACACUGCUGGAGUGUUGAUAGGGGCUCGGUUCUCCGGUGCCAGUAUGAACCCUGCGCGCUCUCUGGGUCCGGCCAUCAUCACGGGAUUUUGGGAAAACCAUUGGGUGUACUGGAUCGGACCGGUCAUCGGGGCAGUACUGGCCGGUGUGUCCCACGAGUUCUUCUUUGCACAGAGCGCCUCCCGCCAGAAGCUGGUGGCGUGUCUAACGUGCAAGGACAUCGAGAUCGUGGAGACGACCAGCAUGACCGGCUCGUCCCUGUCCACGGUCACUCAGCACGCCGCCAGAGCCAAACAGGCCCACAAACAAGACACCAACUGAGGGCGCUAAGUGGGAAUACGCAAAUAAGUGUAGAAGGGCUGAAUGCCUUUCCUCUUGUUUGCAAAGACGGAGACAACAUUGGGAUGUUUUCUACAGUCACUUUCACAUUUGCACAUCAUUAGACUACACAAUGCAGGCUCAUCGAAACCCUCCUGCAAACCCAACCCCACGAUCGUUGUUGUUGUUGUGUUGCAUACUGAGGCCAGUAAGGCUUUGAAAUGCUAAAAAGCUUCACUGCCUAUUAGUGUUUCUUUCUUCUCCUCGGCCUUUUGUUCACAAUCAAACAGAUCUUAGCACAUUAAUAGCUACAUGGGGGGCUGGAGGGCUGGAAACACAUUCAGUGGCUGUACGCUUUGUUAUUAGAAAUGUAUAUUUUGAGUUUGCCCAUGUAAAGCAGAACUACAUGGUGUUGUAAAAAAUUGGAUCAUUUGAAAUAUGAAUAUCUGAGUAACUACGUGUUCUAGGCAACCAAAAUGAAAUCAACUUCAUGUUGAAUAAUCAGGUGUUCCUGUACAUCGAUGUUACCGGUGUGUUGCAAACCCUCUGUAUUUACAGUACAUUCAUUCAUCCGCUGAUUGUAGAUUUUGACAGUGAUCUGUGUGUGUGUUUUGCUCCACCGAGAUUCUGCCAUAAUCCGUCCAUCCAUUUUCUGUACCGCUUUUCCUGUUACUGUGAAAAAGAACUCGAGAUUUUUAAAAGAAAAAAUCAUAGUAAUUGAAGGCAACACACACACACACAGACACAAAAGCAGCAAGGUGGAUGCAGUUGUGAAACUCAGAGUUUAGCGACAUCUAUGGACACCAGACACCAGACAUGAACUUUUAUUGUUUAUUAUGAUUUUCAGCAUUGAACGACAGUUACAUUUACAUGUCGAUUGUACAAAUUCUCCUAUUCUUUCCUUAUAGCGCUUGUCCUCAUUAGGGUGACAGGUGGGCUUGCACCUAUCCCAGCUGACUUUGGGCAAGAGGUCGGGUAUACCCUGGACUGGUCGCCAGUCAACAGUGGUAAGAAGAACAAAGUAUAAAUGUUGUUUUGACUGUACUUAAGUAGAUUUUACUUGGCUAUUUACUAGGGGUGGGACGAUUAAAAUAAUAAUCUAAUUAGGCUUUGUAAUUAAUUAAUCUUGAUUAAUCACAUUUUGAUCGUAUCACAAUAGUUGUCCUAAAAAGCAACAUGAUUUAAUUUAAAUGGAUUGAGUGAACAAUUCAAGCAAAUAAUUGACAGAGACAGCAAUAUUGUUAACUCUGGAAAAACGCAUUUCAUUGCUUUUCAACAUAAAACAAAAGUUGGAGCACAUGUAGGAGGGUUGAAGAGCAUCAGUGGAAUGAAAACUCCUUUUUGCAAAUUUGCACAAAACCAAGCUUAUCAAGGCUUCCAUGGGGUAGUUGUUUUUUUUAAAUGACAUUUAAAAUUCGUUUCAUCCAAUUCCUCCAUUUUGGUAACCGAGCUCCGAUGUGUGCAUCUAUGUAAACAGACAAGAGGUUCUACGUUGUUUGGAACACAAAAUGCGAUUAAAAUGUGUUAUUUUUUUUCAACUAAUCAUUUUGUUUGUUUGUCAUUAAUUAAUCGUGAUUAAUGAGUUAAAGUCCCACCCCAAGUCAAAAUAGGCUUGUUAUUUUUUUCAACCUUGGCGGAUAACGACACUAACAUCAAAAAGGCGUAAGCAGUGAGAGGGAAAGCCAACAUUGAGUGAGAUCUUGGGAACUUAUAAAGUUGAAGAAACUUGGGAAGCAAAACUUCAUGAAGGUACGUGAACCAGGGAGCAUUAAUAACAAGGAUGCAACAGAUUUGGAGAAGAAAGAUAUUCCCCAUCCAUAGGCAUACAAAAGAUAAUUUUUUGAUGUUGUCGUCAAGAAGAAAAACCAUCAGCUUCUCUGUCUAAUCAUUUUUCAGUUUUGAAUAUUAACGAAUUUAGCAUUUUUGUUAUAGAGUUUUGCUCUACUCAUGCAGGACUUGUUCUGCUGUCAGUUCAGCCCUGACUAUCCAAUCACAAUUAAGCAGCCUGUAGCUGUGUUUGAGUUUGUUUUCCCGUUUCACCUGCUAUAACGCAC